CGGCCCGCAGCGGCCCUGCACGGAGCCCCUCUCUCUGGGAGGUCAACCUUCUGACCUCAGGACAGGGCCUGCCGGGCAGCUACCACCAUAGGUCACGGACAACCUCACACCUAAGCACGCUGGGCGAACCUGGAGGGCGUCCCCCAAACGAAGGCCGGUGCUGACAGCUUCCUAGGAUGGACAGCAGACAACGGCCUUCCCGCUGGGCCUGGUCCUUGCUGGCCGUGGCGGUGGUGGCUGGGGGUGCGGCCUCCGCUGAAGCCGUGGACAACAACCCCACGACCAACAGCCUGGAGGGGGGUGUGGACGCCACCGCCUCCUGGUGGGGGGAGUGGACCAAGUGGACGGCGUGCUCCCGUAGCUGCGGGAGUGGGGUGACGUCACAGGAGAGGCACUGUCUGCAGCAGAGGAGAACGUCGGUCCUGGGUGCGGGCAACAGGACCUGUACGGGCACGCCCAAGCGCUACCAGCUCUGCAGGGUGCAGGAUUGUCCGCCAGAUGGGAGGAGCUUUCGAGAGGAACAGUGCGCGUCCUUCAACUCCCGGGUGUAUGACGGGCGGACGUACCAGUGGAAGCCCCUGUACCCUGAUGACUACGUGCACAUCUCCAGCAAGCCCUGCGACCUGCACUGCACGACGGUGGACGGCCAGCGGCAGCUCAUGGUCCCCGCCCACGACGGCACGUCCUGCAAGCUCGCGGACCUGCGGGGGCUUUGCGUGUCUGGAAAAUGUGAGCCCAUCGGCUGUGACGGGGUGCUCUUCUCCACGCACACGCCGGACAAGUGCGGCGUCUGCCAGGGCGACGGGAGCAGCUGCACCCACGUGACCGGCAGCUACCGCAAGGGCAACGCCCAUCUGGGUUACUCCCUGGUGACCCACAUCCCCGCUGGUGCCCGGGACAUCCAGAUUGUAGAGAGGAGGAAGUCGGCCGACGUGCUGGCUCUUGCAGAUGAAGCUGGAUUCUACUUCUUCAACGGCAACUACAAGGUGGACGGCCCCAAGAACUUCCACAUCGCCGGCACGGUGGUCAAGUACCGGCGGCCCAUGGACGUGUACGAGACGGGCAUCGAGUACAUCGUGGCCCAGGGGCCCACCACCCAGGGCCUGAACGUCAUGGUGUGGAACCAGAACGGCAAGAGCCCCUCCAUCACCUUCGAGUACACGCUGCUGCAGCCCCCCCACGCGCGCCGCCGGCCGCCCGUCUACUACAGCUUCUCCGAGCCCGCCUCCGAGAGCACCGAGGAGAGCCAGGAGCUGGACGGCGCCCCGCUGCUGGGCUUCGUGCGGCACAACGGCUCGCGGUACGGCCAGGCCUCCGUGGGGCGGCUGAACCUGGACAGCCGGCUCUUCGGACCCCAGGGCCCCAAGGUGGAGCCGGGCCCGGCCCGGGGCCAGGAGACCAACGAGGUGUGCGAGCCGGCCGGCGGCGGAGCCUGCGAGGGGCCCCCCAGGAGCAAGGGCUUUCGAGACCACAACGCCACCGGGGCAGCUCUCUCAGGGGACAAAGAUGACGGAGAGGUAGAUGCCCGUGUCACCUCCCAGGAGUCUCUCUCGGCCAAUGCCAUCUCCGCCCAGCUCUCCGGCCCGGGGUCUGACUCGAAGGAGUUCGCCCUCAACGAGACCGUCAACAGCAUUUUUGCCCAGGGCGCCCCCAGGAGCCCUCUGGCCGAGAGCCUCUCCGUGGAUUACGAGGAGAGCGAGGGGGCUGCCGCGUACUUCCUCAAUGGAUCCCAUCUGGAGCUGAGCAGCGACAGGGUCACCAACGGCUCGUCGGAGGCUCCGUUCCCCAACGGCAGCGCCAGCCUCCCUGCCGUGGCUGGGAACAGGACUCACAAGGCCAGGACCAGGCCCAAGGCGCGCAAGCAAGGCGUCAGUCCGGCCGACAUGUACCGGUGGAAACUCUCGUCCCAGGAGCCCUGCAGCGCCACCUGCACCACAGGGGUCAUGUCCGCAUAUGCCAUGUGUGUCCGAUACGACGGCGUUGAGGUGGAGGACAGCUACUGCGAUGCCCUGACCCGCCCUGAGCCCGUCCACGAGUUCUGUGUCGGGAGGGAGUGCCAGCCAAGGUGGGAGACGAGCAGCUGGAGCGAGUGCUCGCGCACCUGCGGCGAGGGCUACCAGGUGCGCAUCGUGCGCUGCUGGAAGAUGCUGUCCCCCGGCUUCGACAGCUCCGUGUACAGCGACCUGUGCGAGGCCGCCGAGGCCGUGCGGCCCGAGGAGCGCAAGACCUGCCGCAACCCGGCCUGCGGGCCCCAGUGGGAGAUGUCCGAGUGGUCCGAGUGCACGGCCAAGUGCGGGGAGCGCAGCGUGGUGACCAGGGACAUCCGCUGCUCGGAGAAGGAGGCGCUGUGCGACCCCAGCACCAGGCCCGUCGGGGAGAGGAACUGCACCGGGCCCCCCUGCGACCGCCAGUGGACCGUGUCGGACUGGGGGCCGUGCAGUGGAAGCUGCGGCCAGGGCCGCACCAUCAGACACGUGUACUGUAAGACCAGCGACGGGCGUGUGGUGCCCGAGUCGCAGUGCCAGGCGGAGACGAAGCCGCUGGCCAUCCACCCCUGCGGGGACCGGAACUGCCCGGCGCACUGGCUGGCACAGGACUGGGAGCGGUGCAACACCACCUGCGGGCGGGGUGUGAAGAAGCGGCUGGUUCUCUGCAUGGAGGUAGCCAACGGGAAACCCCAGACCCGCAAUGGUCCCGAGUGCGGGCUGGCCAGAAAGCCCCCCGAGGAGAGCACCUGCUUCGAGAGGCCCUGCUUCAAGUGGUAUACCAGCCCCUGGUCAGAGUGCACCAAGACGUGCGGGGUGGGCGUGCGGAUGCGUGACGUGAAGUGCUACCAGGGCACCGACAUCGUCCGCGGCUGCGACCCGCUGGUGAAGCCCGUCGGCCGGCAGGCCUGCGACCUGCAGCCCUGCCCCACGGAACCGCCAGAUGACAGCUGCCAGGACCAGCCGGGCACCAACUGUGCCCUGGCCAUCAAGGUGAACCUCUGCAGCCACUGGUACUACAGCAAGGCCUGCUGCCGCUCCUGCCGACCCCCCCACUCCUAGGCCCGGGACGGGGCCCCUCUUUGGACAUCCUACAGGGCCCCCCCACCCCCGGCUGUGAAGAUGUGACACUGAGCCUCGGCGGACGGGACGGGAGGGGACUUUGCAU